GUCACUGUUCAUUUGACUUUUGCAUUAAAAAAAUAUCAUAAUGAAUAUUAAAUAUUUUAUUAUUUUUUCAUCCAUGUGUCUAUAUUUUUGUGUGGCAAGUUUUACUAAUGAGAUGCAGUAAAUUUUGGCUCAAUUAAAAAGUCACUGGGAAUGAAACAAAAAAUACUAGAAGAUACUAAAGCCCCAGAUCCAUUAAUUUUUGGUUUAAUUGAAAAACAUGAAGAAUCAAAUCACAACCUACUUGAGGUCAUUCAAUCAAUCAAUUUGAUAUUUAACGACUUUCCGGAUAUUCGUUUGUCAAUAGAGGAAUUUAAAAAAAGAAUAAAAGCAAAAAUAUCAAAUUUAACUAAUGAGAUAUUGGACGAAAUUUAUUCUACGUUACGAGAAGAUGCUGCCAACAAUUCAAUAAAAUUUUACAUAUUUGAAAAACGUACUGAAAAAGUAUUUAAUGUCUUUAAACGGGAUAUCGGGUUUAAAAUUGAAAAAAUUCCGGAUGGUAUUCAUAUGUCAAAAGAGGAAUUAAAAAAAAUAAUGAAUGCAAAAAUAGAAAAUUUAACUGAUGAGCAUCUUCAAAGAAUUUUUGAAAGAAUAAUAUACAGAUAUAAAGGAUGUGUUGACAAGCUUUCAGUAGAAGGCUACUUACGUAAGAAAACCAUAGGAUCGAAUGAUAUACUAUCUAUACAGGAAAUCGAAUAUGGAACUAAAAGUUUGCCGUCGGAUAUUCAUAUGUCAAAAGAGGAAUUUAAAGAAUUAAUGCAAGCAAAAAUAAAAAAUUUAACUAAAGAGCAAAUUGAAAAAAUGUAUGAAGCAGUACAAAAAGAUAAUAAAGGAUGUGUUACCAAGCUCUCAGUAAAAAACUACUUACAUAAGAAAAGCAUUGAAUGGAAGCAUAUAAUAUCUAAACAGGAAAUCGAAUAUUUAACUAAAAGUUUGCCGUCAGAUAUCCCUAUGUCAAAAGAGGAAUUCCAAGAAUCAAUGAAAACAAUAAUAAGGAAUUUAACUAAUAAGCAACUUGAAAAAAUGUAUGAUGUAGUACAAAAAGACGAUAAAGGAUAUGUUACCAAGCUCUCAGUAGAACACUACUUACAUAAGAAAAGCGUUGAAUGGAAUUAUAUACCAUCUAAACAGGAUAUCAAAUAUUUAACUAAAGAUUUGCCGACGGUUAUGUGUUUGGCAAAAUCGCGAUUUAAAGACGAAAUAAAAAGAGAUGAGGUGUUGGACGAAAUUUAUGCUGGUGCCCAAAGAUAUUUGGCUAAAGAUUUAAAACCCCUUGGUAUACUUUCUCGUAUAAAAUACGGUGAAAAAGUGGACAGAUCUCACAUAGAACGCUUCUUGGCCGACAACUUAUCCAAAUACAAUGGACUAACAAUUUAUAGGGUGCGGGAUGUAGUAAAUGACUUGCCGCCAGAUUUGAUGUCGAAAAGUGAAUUUAUAGAGAAAUUUGAUUAUAAUUUGUUCACUUCGCGAGGAUAAUGGACGCUACAACAGCAUCCUUUGGCGUAUUUAAAAUUGUUCCGUCUUAUGGGCUAUAUAAAUUACUUCAACUUUCUAUCUUCAUUCACUACAUUGACAACUUCAAACUAUUUUAAGUAUUUAAUUUAAGUCUUUAAAAAAAAAAAUCAAGGCAGUAAGCUUGCUUUUAAUGUGUUUAUUCUUAAAACUGUAAUGGGCGUGAGGGUUAUUUUUGUUUUAAUAGAUUAAAUUUAAACAUACAUACAUAAAGGUAUCAAAAGCUGAUAAAUAAACAUUUCCUUCAUAAUUUAGAAGCUAACUUUUUACAGCUAUACUAUUUUUUUUUUUAUUAAACAGUAGUUUUCACUCAUUCUCUAA